UCCUCUGCUGUGUUCUUUCGCAUCAAGUUUGUUCUUCUCUUUUGUCCUCUCUCCUCUUCAUCCUUCCCCAACCAGAACAGCUGCGGAGAAAUAGGACGAUAUGUAGAGAGAGAAAUAUAGAGAGAUGGUGAUUCCGGCGUCUUUUUAAAGUGUUACGAGGUUCCUGUGGAUAUAGUCGACCGAGAGAAGUUUCUGCAGAGGAGAAAGAAGAAGAAGAAGAGAUGGAAUUGCCGGAUGAGUACCAGAAGCUUGUUAACAGAAUGAUGAACACUCUCAGGGUGGUCAUCGACAAUGCGGUGUGCGCGACGUCAACGGUGGUGAGGGUAAACAGCGCCCGGAAGCGUGGCAUGCUAUUGGAGGCCGUGCAGGUGCUCACCGACCUCGACCUAACCAUCCAGAAGGGCUACAUCUCCUCGGACGGCCGCUGGUUCAUGGAUGUCUUCCACGUUGUCGACGGCCGCGGUCGCAAGCUACUCGACCCCGCCCUCCUCUCCCGCAUAGAAUGCUCCCUCAGCGGCGAAGCCUCGUCAUCCUCCUCCGCCGGCGAUGACGGAGAGAACAACCACGACAAAUCCGAUGGCUGCGGCCUUGCGGGCCUCACGGCGCUGGAGCUUACCGGCACCGACCGGCCGGGCCUCCUCUCCGAGGUCUUCGCUGUGCUCCGUGACCUGGAGUGCAACGUGGUGGAGGCCAAGGUCUGGACCCACAACGGUCGCAUCGCCUCCCUCAUCUUCGUCAAGGACCACCACUCGGGCUCCCCCAUCGCCGACGCCCACCGUGUCGACGGGAUCGAGGCCCGCCUCCGCAAUGUUCUCCGCGGCGAUCACGACGUCCGCGGAGCCAAGACCACCGUGGCCUCUCCCAUGAUGACCCACUCCGACCGCCGCCUCCACCAGCUCAUGUUCGCGGACCGCGACUACGGGCGCGUCUCCUCCAACGAGGCAUCCUUGUCUUCGUCGUCGUCAAAGUUGUCGGUCUCGGUUCAGAAUUGGACCGAGCGCGGCUACUCCGUCGUCAACGUGCAGUGCCGCGACCGACCGAAGCUCCUGUUCGACGUAGUUUGCACCCUCACCGACAUGGGGUACGUCGUCUUCCACGGAACCAUUGGCACCGAUGCCGAUCGAGCCUAUCAGGAAUUCUACAUAAGACAUAUGGAUGGAGGGCCGAUCAGUUCGGAGGCAGAGCGGCAGCGAGUGAUCCAAUGCUUGCAAGCCGCCAUCGAGCGCAGAGCAUCUGAGGGGAUGAGGCUGGAGAUGAGCAUGCCGGACCGUCGGGGCUUGCUCGCGGACGUGACCCGGACGUUCCGCGAGAACGGGCUCUCGGUGACCAGGGCGGAGAUCACGACCAAGGCCGGCGAAGCCAAGAACGAGUUCUGCGUCACCGACACCAACGGCCAGCUGCCCGACCGCCGCGCGAUCAACGCCGUCAUCGAGAGGAUCGGCAAGGACCACAUCAAAUUCAACGAGCAACGGGGGCCGCGCCCCUGCCAGGAGAGGCCACUGCCGGAGGCGGCCGGCGUGGUCGGGGUCUUCAGCCUGGGGAACCUGGUGAUGAGGAAUCUCUACUACCUUGGGCUCAUCAGAUCCUGUUCAUAGAAGCACCCCCGGUUGGGCCCGCGGCUUGUCCAACUCGGUAGGUUCACUCUGUUCAUAGGUGUAAAGCUGUGGAAGAGCAGGUUACUCAGGAAGUUAGCAGCUGAAAGCAUCAUAUUCAUCUGGGUUACGGGGUGCCAUCGGGGUAGUCAUAGCUGUACGUCAAAUAGUAUCAAUAGGUUGUGUAUAUGAGAAAAGCAGGGUUGGGGUUGGGUUUUCCGCUUCUUGCCAUAGAUAGCUCGGAGAAGCUGGUGGUUGCGGUGGAACUAUUGGUGCCAGCUACCUAAGGCGAUAGGUUGUGGGUCUCUGUUAGCAGUAGUUUUCUUUUCUGUUUUUGCUUCGUUACACAUACAUGUAAAUACCCAUACCCGUUGUACAUAUGAUAACGAACUUGAUACUAGUGCUAAUGAUUAGAAGUCGCUCCUUGUGUCUU